AAAGCUCUGAGAAAAUUCUUCAAGCUAAAUAUCAAAAAGAGAUUAGCGCGCCACGUGCACAUGCAAGCGCACGGACCUCUACGAACUCUAAGCGACCGCAGACGCACAGAAAAUUGAAUCAAGUACUUCUCUCAAGGCAAGACAGAAACAACCAGCCAACGCCAACUCGACACUUUCGACAACCAACUCUCUCAUCCAUCAUGGGCCGUCUUCACAGCAACGGAAAGGGCAUAUCAGCCUCUGCCCUCCCAUACUCCCGCACUCCCCCAGCGUGGCUCAAGACCACCCCAGAGACCGUUGUCGACCAGAUCUGCAAGUUGGCCAAGAAGGGCGCAACCCCAUCGCAAAUUGGUGUCGUCCUCAGAGAUUCUCACGGUAUCGCACAAGUCAAGGUUGUUACUGGUAUGUCACUUUCAUUUCUGGGAACGAAUUCUAGAAAGUGCCUGCUGUAGAAUUGCACUAACAAUUUCAACAGGUAACAAGAUUCUCCGAAUUCUCAAGUCCAACGGUACGAUAUUACAAACAUGAUUUUUUGUCGAUACGGAGGUCACCUUUAGGUGGCCUGCCAAUGUGCAAUGAUGAACACUGCCUCUGCUUGGUCUUUGACUGACAGAGUGAAACAAAUAGGCCUCGCACCAGAAAUCCCAGAGGACCUUUACAUGUUGAUCAAGAAGGUUCGCAUACUCUCCGCCUUUUCAUUUAAUGCUCUACUAAUUCCUGUGAUUCAAGGCCGUUGCUGUCCGCAAGCACCUCGAGCGCAACCGUAAGGACAAGGAUUCCAAGUUCCGUCUCAUUCUCAUUGAGUCCCGAAUCCACCGUCUCUCCCGUUACUACAAGACGGUUGGUGUCCUCCCACCAACCUGGAGAUAUGAGAGCGCCACUGCCAGCACCUUGGUUGCAUAAAUGUAAUGUCGACAUGAAAAUGGUGUUACUGGUCCGGCAUGGAGUUUGGGGUAUGGUAUGGGCACAUUGCAUCGAUGGCCGUCUACCGAAAGUAGACCUUGAUAAAUAGGAAUUCCAAAGCAAAAAUAUCAUCCCCACUACUCCUGUGA